AUAAACUUUAAGAUGAUAAUCUCUCUAUUGUCUAAGUGGUUAAUAACUUUAGUAGUUUUACUUUAAUAAUGUGUGCUUUUAAAAUGGAGGGUUAUUUUGGUCAAUCUUAGAAAAGGAGAGUUAUUUUCGGUGUUAUAAGAGGAAUUAUAACUAAGCUUACGAAGUAAUUUUUGAGUCUUAUGAACAGGUUGAUGAAGAAAUGUUGAUCAAAGUUGGUCGUUCCAAAUCACAUAAUAGACGUAAAAAGAAUAGUAGUGAAUCCGAUGAAGAAAGUACUGGCAUUCCACAGAAUUACUUGAAAGUUCUACAUCCAGUAGUAAAUGAGAAGCGAGUGCAAUUUAAUCUUGGUAUACCAUCAACACUUACUCCUAGAGGCUAUGCAAAGCUAGAAGCAAAACUUACAUCUCCAAAUAUACAGAAACCUAUACAAGAGAAUGGUUCUACUUCAGUUCAAGUCUUUAAAGAGUUAUUCAAUCAUAAGAAAUCGGAUCAUAUGUGCAAGAAUAGCAGUGGGCAUUCAUCAGAGAAUAAAAUUUUAUAUCCAAAUCCAACAAGAAUGAGAAAUUUUAAAAGUAUUGAAUAUGAAAUAGUUGUACGUACAGUACGCGAGACGAAACAACUUUUCGAAGAUCCAGAUUUCCCUGCAAGUGAUAUUUCCAUUGGAAAUAUACCUGACCUCAAAGGCAAGUUAGAAUGGAAAAGACCAAAGGAUAUCAACCGUGAUGCCCAAUUUUUUACAGGUUCUCCAAGUCGCUUUGAUGUCGAUCAAGGAUAUCUUGGUGACUGUUGGUUUAACGCAGUAGUUGCUUCAAUUACAAAGUACCCCCAACUCUUGUUUAAAGUCAUACCACAGAAUCAAACUCUCAAAGGUUCAGAUUACUCAGGUGCAGUUCAUUUUCAGUUUUGGCGUUUUGGUCAGUGGAUAGACGUUGUAAUUGAUGACCGUUUACCUGUUCUCAAGGGAACUUGUAAAAUGGUAUUUAUGCAUUCGACAGACGGAAAAGAAUUCUGGUCGUCAUUACUGGAAAAAGCAUAUGCUAAACUUUGUGGUACAUAUGAACAUUUAACUGGUGGAUUUCAAAGUGAAGCAAUGGAGGACUUCACUGGAGGGAUAUGUCAAACUUUCAUUUUAAGAGGUGAAGCUCGCCCACCAGAUUUAUUGAAAAUGUUGGAAAGAUAUUCAAAAACAUGUUGUCUUAUUGGUUGUGAUGUUGACGGUGAGCGUAUUAAGAAAAGGGAACAGUUAGGACUGAUUGAAUCUCAUGCUUACAGCUUAACAGGGUUCGGCUGUGUUAAUUAUAAGGGCAAAGACCAAUACUUAGUGCGUUGUCGUAAUCCUUGGGGAGAAAAGCAUGAAUGGAAAGGACCUUGGUCAGAUAAAUCAGAAGAAUGGAAGCAUGUUAAAAAUAGAGAUAAAAAAGCAUUAGAAUACAAGGAUAAAGAAGAUGGAGAAUUUUGGAUGUCAUUAGAGGAUUUUGAAGAUAAUUUUGGUCUACUUGAAGUAUGCCAUCUCGGGCUAGGUAGUUUAGAUUAUAACGAUGAAAUUGGAGGGAAACAACGAAUGAACGAAAUUAUGUUUGCCGGUGAAUGGUGUGCAAAUGUUAAUGCCGGUGGACCGAUGAAUAACAUAGAAUCUUACAGCACAAAUCCUCAGUUUUCAUUCACAAUUAAGUGUAAUAGUAGGAAAGAUCAAACCAAAGCACUUGUAAUCAUGGGAGUUAUGCAAGAAAACAGAAGACGUGAUUAUGGUGGAGACUUUUUGAGCAUUGGUUUUACAUUAUAUGAGGUAUCUGCUAAUCAAAGAACACGUUUAACAGCAGAACAGCUAGCAGAUCGUAAACCACUGGCAUCAUCAGACUAUAUACCGCGACGUGAAGUCACACUUGAAGAAAAUUUGUUCUCUGGAACAUUUAUAGUAAUACCGACAACAAAUCAACCAAAUCAAGAAUGCAAAUUCAUAUUUCGUAUAUUGAGUUCAAGUGAAAUGACUCAACAGGAAUUAGAUGAUACAAAUAUUUAUGAAGGAAUUCCAAAAGAGAUAAUUAACGCUCUCGAAGCGACACUGCUAUCUGAACUUUAUUCAAUGGAAGAAAGAUUUGCCCAGUUGUGCAAUGCUGAGACAAAAACAAUUAAUGCUACACACCUAUCCACUAUUUUAAAUCACAGCUGUCUCAAAGAAAGCAUGCAUGAUUUUGAUGGAUUCUCUGAAAGUUUGUGCAGAACACUCCUACCUUCAGUAUCAACAAAUCUUACAGGUAAUAUUGAUUUACAAGAGUUUCUAUUCCUGUGGGCACAAAUGAAGACAUGGAAGCAUAUUUUUCAACAACAUCAGAAACAUGGACACGCUCCAGGUUACAAACUUCGUGAAAUGCUGAUCAGUGCAGGUUAUCAUGUUAGCAAUCGAGUCUACCAUUCAAUAGCAUGUCGGUAUAUUGAUUCAAAGAAGUGUACCAUAAGUUUUGCAGAUUUUUUGCAUUGUAUGUCAAGAAUUAGAAGCGCUUUUGAUGUCACAAGUAUUCACCCAAGAAAUCAAAAAAAUCAAUUAGUAUUUACUGUAGAAGAUUAUCUAAGAAUGUCACUUUCAACCUGAAAUUAAUCGCAAUCAUUUGAAUAAUUCUAGAGACCAUACGCAACUUGAGUUCAAUAUGAACGGAAGACAGACCUUAUUACUAUUUUCGUUAAAAGUUGAAUCUAUUUCUUAUGAAACAUAUCUAUAUAUAUUGUUCUUAAUUAGAAAUUGACUAUGAUCAUGUAAAUUUAAGUAACACACACAUAAUAUAUCCAUAUUCAGAUGAAUUUAUACAUACUUUACUUAUACACUAGUCUUGAAUCUGGCAGUCUCUAAUUGUUUUUUAUUUAAAUUAUUCCAAUUUAUUUUUAAUCACAUCUUUCACCAUCAUCUUUGUGGGAAAUUUGAAAUUCACAUGUGAAAUCUGUACAAUCAUCACUAUCUCUUAAUCUAUGUAAUGUGGUAUUUUACGAGAGUAAAUUCUUUACAAGAACAUAUUCACUCUUCAAUAUACUACAGUAUGAUUUAUGAUGGUUAUAACAGCAG